CGAAGGAGCAGAGAGAACGAAGUAUCUUAUCAACAUGAAUUACGUCUUACCCUUGAAUACGAGAAGAAAUGCGAAAAAAGAGCAGUAGAAACCAUUGAAGAAUGCGAGGUACGCCUCAUUUGUGACCGUAACAGAAAAUGCCAAAAAGUAGUAUUAGAAACCGAUGAACAACGCGAAAAACACCUAAACGAUCGUUGUAAAAGAAGAUAUCAACUAAGAACUAUUAUUGAACAUCAAAACCAAAAUGUCGAUCCGCAGCAACAAUUUAGUAAACCUCAAAAUAAUAAAAAUAUCAUAACCACGCAUAUUAAUUUACCUAUUACUGCUGCUGAUAUUA